GACCCCCCGUUAAUCCCAGGCAGGCAGGCAGAGCACAUAAAAAUAAAAACACCAGGAACAGAAAAACGAGAAGAGGUAUUGAAAUCGAAAUUGAAGAAUUCAUCAUCUAUUGUAUUCUGUUAUCUGAAUCGUCUUCUAAUGGGAUUCCUUGAACAUCAUAAGAAGUUUAUAGAUGCUACUGAGAAAGGAAUCAAAUGGUCUAACUCUGAUGUUCAAUCUUUCAUCUCUAUUGAUCCUGUCCAUGGACCCGUCGUGGAAAAUGCAAGGAAGGCAGCAAAAGUAGCUGCAAUAGGAAGCGCUGUUGGAGCACUUCAUUUGGGUGGAACUGCCUGGAGAUAUUCAAAGAGUCCUCACGGUGCCGUCUUAGCUGUGGGUCUUGGAGCUGUGGUUGGUUACACAGUUGGAAAAGAAGCUGCAUCCCAUUAUUAUCAACUCUAUCGGGAUGAUGCUAUGGCUUCUCAGGUCAAGUUUUUGGAGUGGGUGGCGACCAAAUCUGAGGGUCGAUCGUGAAUUCCACCUGCGUGAUGAGAAUUCAAGUCCCCUUAUGGCAACCAUUUACUUCAUUAUAUUGGUAGGUGAAAUAAAAAGCUGGUGCCCAGGCUGAAAAGAAGCUCACAGUACAACUUGUAAACUUGAAUUUGUGAUCUCUCUUUGCAAUAAGCCUUUGCCUGGGUUUUGGGAAUAUUUUGUCUUCCUUUCUUCUUGAAUUUUAUCAAGUAAUCGAGAGAUGUCUUUUAUAGAGCAGGUUUUCGUUUACAAGUAGAACAUCAACUUUCAUCACUAUAAAAAUGUGCUUGGAUGUGGUCUCUGUACC